AUGUCGCGGAUCGGUCAGACCACGCCAGCAAACGUGACCGAGGGUUACCCGGUGACCAAUCUGACUUUAGUGGUUCUUUUGCUCAUACCGUGUGUGGUCAUUCUGCUGCUGCUGAACUGCCUGUUCCUGGGUUACAAGUUGUUGGUCCUGUCAGAGAAGAAGAAGAACCGACGGACGCGAAAGGGGGACGCGGAGGAGAUGCUUUUGCAGUCCGCCUCGCAGAGAGCCAGAAGGGUGUCGGACGUGGCUCUCCUCUCGAGAGCGUACACGUCUCUGUCGGAGCCGAUCCUCCCGCAUCCCGUCACCUCUUCCAGGGCUUCGUCCAGGGAGAGGGUCGGAGUGGACCACGGGAUCCGGCUCCUGAUGCCAGAUGGCGCUACCGGCUCCGGGACGAUGAGGGCACCGAGCACCAUCCGGGCCACCUCCUCUGACGCUGGCUUCACCCCCAGGCUCCACCUGCCCUCCGGCGCACGGGCACACGGCACCGGUAACGCGGCGUGGCGUAAAAGCGCGCCGGUUGUUCCGCAGUCCAGUGACUCCGAGGCGGAAACCAGAGUGAACCUUGUUCCGCCGAACUCUCCCACGCAGGAGGUCGGCCAUCUUUGUCGGAGCAGCACUUACGACAUGCUGACCGAUGUGAACCCGGGCGGUGCCCUGCUUGUGUUUGACAAAGUGGACAUGUACACCGAGCCGCACUCAGAGGCCUCCUACCUGAACACAUCGGCUUUGGGCCCUGGUCUGGACAGCGACUUUGGUGCAAGUGCAGGUGUGUCCCUGCGGAUUCUGUCAGCAGACAGUGACGGCCUGUCCAACGGUGUCCUGGCUUCGGUCCUGGAGUGGGAUUAUUAUGACCCGUGCUACGUCAAACAGAAUAAUCUACCCAAGCAUAAACACCACAGGCCCGCAGUGCACACCAAACAGUACUGGGUGUAA